AUGCAGAUCCGUCCCAAACCCCUCGCCACCGGCGAACUGGGCACACCGACUGCGAGACCAAGAUUACACGGGACGCCUGCAUCAGCCGACCGCCUACAUAAGCCCUUCAGGUGCCCUGGCUCUGCUACCUCGACGCGUACAACAGAUAAGCCUGCGCGAAAAAGGCGGAAGGUCAACUACGCAGGAGCAGAUGGCGAAAAUGAGGAGAGCGACAAACCUUACUCAAACGAUGACCGACUCGCUCUUGCCACUCGGGAUGUUAACAGAUUUCCGGUGUUCAAGCCAAGGGAUAAAGACACUGCCUUCAGAGCGAAAUUUAUCGUCCCGCUGAAGAACAAAGACACUGGAGGCUACAAUGCGUUUCGUCCAGCGCCAUUGCUGGGAAUGCGGCAGGGCGCGGUUUUUGUAGCGCGCCCGUUACACGACCCUAGCGGAGAAUUCGCCAUUGUGUUGUAUGAUCCCACAAUUGAUGACAAGCCAGUAGCAAAGGAAGUUGCAGAGCCUAAGCUCAGUCAAGAAGAAAAGAACUCCAUGGACGAACCGUUAGUACACAAGAGCUUAGCAGAGAUUCUAGGUUUAAAGAAGAAAGUUGAUAAUGAAAGGCCGAGAGUACCUGUCGUCAUCGAUCCACGUCUCGCGAAGGUCCUUCGACCACAUCAGAUCGAAGGUGUAAAGUUCCUAUAUCGCGCUGUGACGGGCAUGAUUGACCCAAAAGCCAACGGUUGCAUCAUGGCAGACGAGAUGGGUCUUGGAAAGACGCUACAGUGCAUCACGCUGAUGUGGACGCUACUCAAGCAGGCGCCGGAUGCUGGAAAGUCUACCAUUCAGAAGUGUGUGAUAGCUUGUCCGUCCAGUUUAGUACGAAAUUGGGCGAACGAGCUUGUUAAGUGGCUAGGUCCGGAUGCGAUUACGCCGUUUGCUAUCGACGGCAAGGCAUCAAAGGAGGAAUUAAUUCAACAAAUCAAGCAGUGGUGCAUUGCAUCAGGUCGAUCCGUUGUACGGCCGGUCUUGAUUGUCUCCUAUGAAACACUGCGACUCAACGUUGGGGAGCUUGCGCAAACACCCAUCGGCCUCCUGCUGUGUGACGAAGGCCAUCGAUUAAAGAAUGGCGAGAGUCAGACCUUUACAGCUCUCACGGGACUCAACGUACAGAGACGAGUUAUCCUUUCUGGUACGCCGAUUCAAAACGAUCUGUCGGAGUAUUUUGCUCUACUCAACUUUGCCAAUCCGAACUACCUCGGUACCAGGAAUGAGUUUAAAAAGCAAUUCGAGAACCCAAUCUUACGCGGGCGUGACGCCGAUGCUACAGAUGACGACCGCAAGAAGGGCGACGAACGUCUCGCUGAGCUGCUUAAUCUGGUUAACAAGUUCAUCAUCCGGCGGACGAACGACAUCCUUUCGAAGUAUCUACCAGUCAAGUACGAACACGUUGUCUUUUGCAAUUUGGCGCCUUUUCAGAAGGAUUUGUACAACCACUUCAUCGCCUCGCCAGAAAUUCGAUCUCUGCUUCGCGGCAAAGGCUCGCAGCCUCUCAAGGCGAUCGGUAUGCUCAAGAAGCUUUGCAAUCAUCCCGACUUACUCGAUCUACCUACCGAUCUUCCAGGCUGCGAGGAAUUCCUCCCCGAAGACUUUGUCCCCAAGGAUGCAAGAGGCAGAGAUCGUGAGGUUAAAGUAUGGUACUCCGGCAAGAUGCUCGUUCUCGACCGCAUGCUCGCUUCCAUCCGCGCAAACACCAACGACAAAAUCGUCCUUAUCUCAAACUACACGCAAACCCUCGACGUCUUCGCAGCCCUCUGCCGCUCCCGCGGCUAUGGCUGCCUCCGUCUCGACGGCACUAUGAACGUCUCCAAGCGUCAGAAGCUCGUCGACAAAUUCAACGACCCGGAAGGCCCCGAAUUCGUUUUCCUCCUGUCCUCCAAAGCCGGAGGCUGCGGUCUCAAUCUCAUCGGCGCAAAUCGACUCGUCCUCUUUGACCCCGACUGGAACCCUGCUGCCGACCAGCAAGCCCUCGCCCGCGUGUGGCGCGACGGCCAGAAGAAAGAUUGUUUUGUCUACCGCUUCAUCGCUACGGGUACCAUCGAAGAGAAAAUCUUCCAGCGCCAGUCGCACAAACAGUCGCUCUCGUCUUGCGUCGUCGACGCUUCAGAAGACGUAGAGCGCCAUUUCUCGCUCGACAGCUUGCGCGAGCUGUUCCUAUACCGGGCGGAUACUACGAGUGACACGCACGAUACGUUCAAGUGCAAGCGCUGCAGGAAAGAAGAUGGGCGGCAGGUUCUCAAGGCGCCGGCUAUGCUGUACGGUGAUACGAAUACGUGGAAUCAUAUGGUGAAUGAUGGGGAGGCGGGGCCGAUGGGGAAGAUACAGGAUUUGUUGCUCAGACAAGAGACGGUGGAGAAGGACGUCAGCGCUGUGUUUCAGUAUAUCAGUCACUGA